UACAAGUGCCAAAUCCAUUUCUCUCUCCCACCCUACCCGAUCCACACUUUCCCUUCUCUCUCUCGCAUGCUCUCUGCUAGACCCGAACGGCUGCCCUCCGAUGGUCACCGCCGUGUAGACACCGGAUCAGGAGUACCGGACACCGCCGAAACUCCAGCCUCGCGAGCCCUUCGUUGCCGCUCUCCGCCGCGAGCAGAAGCCUCCAGGCUCGUACGUCACUGCCGUGGCUUCAAGGCCAAUUUCUGGCCUCCUCUAACAUCGUCUCAGGCGAAGGGUAGCAUGGGUGAACUCAGUGUAUCAAGACGAACAAAGCCCAGCCAAGGAUCGGGCUUUUAAGUGACCGAAGGAGACGGAAUCAGCUCUCCGUUUGCUGCUCGUAGUCUUCUUCUUAAGACCAGGUUCUAAAUGUCAUGUUCAUCCACAUGAGAGGGGUAUAGUUGAUUUCCACCCUAUAUAUUUCCAUUCAAAUGAGGCCAGUGGAGCUAUGAAACCAAUUACUUAUGGUUCCAUAUAAUUAACGACAGUUGACCAAUCAAGAUUUAGAAGGACUCGAGUUACUAAGGAUGGCCAAGUCCCUCUUGAAUUGUCAUACUUGUCCAACUUGGCUACAUUGACCUGAGUGGGAAUUAUUAUUUGAAGUUGAAGACGUCUAGCUGGAAAAGAAUUGUAGCAAACCUAACACAUCUCAGAGAAUUGUUUCUCAGUGAUGUCAAUAUGUCUUCUGUUUCACCUGAUUCCUUUAUGAAUCUGUCAACUUCUUUGACAUCUCUUGAUCUUAGUGAGAGUCAUUUGCAGGGGAAACUUCCAGAAAAUGUUCACAGUUUGCCAAACCUUCAACAACUUGAUUUGAGUUACAACCCAUAUCUCAAUGGUUCUUUUCCACAAUACAAUUGGAGCAGCCCAAUAAAAGUAUUGAAUCUUUCUGGAGUUGGAGUCGUGAUAGAUCUACCUCACAUUUGUAGAAAGUUGAAGUAUUUACAUACUUUGUCUCUAAGCGCUUACAAUUACUUAAAACUUUCUCCCUCACUGUUUGAUAAUUGCACACAAAUCACUUCCUUAGAUCUUUCAAAUAAUAAUUUUGGUAGCUAUAUCCCAUGGCCAUCUAUUUUAAAUCUACAACUAAUCUAUUUAGAUCUUUCAUGGAAUAAUCUUAUAGGCCAACUUCCAGAAAUUUGUAGUAACUCCACAAAAAAUUCACCUUUGUGUGUCAGUUCCAAACAUCAAGUAGUGGGUUCUCUUCCAUUGAAUUUAAAAUCUUUGAAGUUAUAUCGAAAUGAGCUCAAUGGGACGAUACCUUCUUGGAUAUAUUCCCUUCCAUCUUUACAAUAUAUAGAUCUAAGUUUCAACAAAUUUAGCGGUAGCCUUCAAGAAUUUCAACAUAACUCUUUGGUAUUUCUUUCGUUAUCUUUUAAUAACUUACAAGGCUUUUUUCCAAGAUCAAUUUUUCAGCAGGUCAAUCUUUCUUCUUUAGAACUUUUUUCAAGCAACUUGAGUGGUGUCGUGCAAUUAGACCAGUUUUCAAAGUUAAAAAAGCUUCAAACUCUUUAUCUUUCUGAUAAUAGUUUGUUGUUGGUAUCCAACAAUAAUAAUGAUACAUUUCCCAAUUCUCUUUCUCAAUUAUAUUUGUCUUCAUGUGGUAUGAGGGAGUUCCCAUCUUCCUUAAGAAGCUUAGAAAAUUUAGAAGAAUUGGACCUCUCCAACAAUGAAAUUGAAGGAAGUGUUCCCAAAUGGCUAUUGAAUAUGGGUAUGGAUUCAUUAUAUUUCUUAAAUAUUUCUCACAACCUUUUGACUCAAAUAGACCGAAUUCCUUGGAGGACUCUAGAGUGCAUUGACAUUCGCUCCAACCAACUUCAAGGUCAAUUUCCAAUUCCACCUCCUAGAGUGUCAUCCUUUUCUAUUUCAAACAAUAAAUUGGUUGGGGGAAUAUCACCAUUGAUUUGCAAUCUCAGUAGGCUUGAACUCCUUGAUUUGUCAAAUAACAAUUUGAGUGGGAGAAUUCCUCCAUGUCUUGGAAAUUUAAGACUCGCGGUUCUAGAUUUGCAUAUGAAUAAGUUUCAUGGUACCAUUCCUCCAUCUUUUGCAAAAGGAAACCCUUUAAGUGUUUUGAAUCUUAAUGAAAAUCAAUUGGGAGGGACAUUGCCAAAAUCUUUGCUCAAUUGUAAAAAUUUGGAAUUCUUAGAUAUUGGAAACAACAAAAUAGAUGGAUCAUUUCCCCAAUGGUUAGAAUCUCUUCCGAUGCUCCAAGUUCUUAUCUUGAGAUCUAACAGAUUUCAAGGUUCAAUAAGAAAUCCCAAGCUAAAACUUCCCUUUCCAAAAUUGAGAAAUUUAGAUCUCUCUGGAAAUGAAUUUGUUGGGCUUUUGCCAGAAAUAUUUUUUGGGAAACUUUUAGGAAUGGAGGAUGCUAGUUCAAGCUACUUUAACUACAUGGAAGUGUCUGUAGAUUACAAUACUUAUCAAGAUUCUAUGACAGUGGCAAUAAAAGGAUUCAUCUUCGAGUUGGCAAAAAUUCAUAACAUGUUUGUAAUAAUUGAUUUGUCAAGAAAUAACUUCACAGGAAAGAUUCCAAAGUCGAUUGGUAAGCUCAAGUCACUGAAAAGUCUCAAUUUGUCACAUAACAAGCUGACAGGUAAUAUCCCACCAUCAUUAGGAAAUUUGAUCAAUCUAGAAGGGUUAGAUGUCUCCUCUAACAAGCUCGUUGGGAAGAUUUCAUGGCAAUUGGCAUCAAAUCUAAAUCAACUCGGGUUUUUAAAUCUUUCUAUGAACCAAUUGGAGGGACCGAUACCUCGUAGCCGACAAUUCGAUACAUUCAAUGAAGAUUCAUAUAAUGGAAAUUCAGGUUUGUGUGGUUUUCCAAUAUCUAAAUCAUGCAACGAGGACAUGGCACACCAACCAUCACCUUCAACGUCUCAACAAGGAGAUGAGGAGCAUGUGAAUGGAUUUGAUUGGAAGAUUGUGUUGAUGGGAUAUGGAAGCGGAAUGGUUAUAGGAAUUUCAGUGGGAUACAUGGUCCUUAAAGAUAAUAUAAUUGAUGGGCUUGUCAAAAAAAAUGAAAGCAGAAGAGUGGCAUCUUUUCAGGAAAAGAUCAAAGCGGAAUGUUCGUCAAAAUGGUGGAAUCGGGACAAGACAUUAGUUUGCAAAUUUUUAAUGUUUUGUUUAAAGUGUAUUAGAGCUUGUAGGUGUGUUUAAAAUAAAUCACAUGUUUAACUUACAAAAAGUUUAGUUUAUUGUGGUUCAUUAUUAUUAUUAUUAUUAUGUAAGUUUUGUUUAAUUAAUUUUACUCAGCUUUUGUACAGUUUGAUAUCGAGAGAAUUUCAAAAUUAUACUUAUUACAUAAACAUUGUUAGUCACUUCUCAUUUCUUUUUUCUUGAGAACACUAAUUCUGUUUAUAUAAUUCUCGGGUGAAAAAACUUAUGAAACUUGGGAACCAAAUUAUAAUAAUGAUAGGUUUUGUUACA